CCGCCAGCUGAACCACUCCUGCAAGUGCUUCCUCGAAAGUAAAAGGCGGUCUGUUUGCCAUGGUUUCCCUUUCCUUAAGUACUCGCCUCAAGCCUGGCAUCUAUUGAGCUGUACAGUACAUCAUACAAGACGUACAGCGGCACGUCGUCCUUCAUUUGCAAGUCUAGUAAUUUGGGACUACUGCACCAUACCCGAGCGUUCAAUGAUGGAGGUGCACACCGCCGUAGGCGAGGAUCCCUGGUUCCUUAAGUCCAAAUCCCCCGCCUUCUGGCCGGCCAACGAGGCCCUGACUCUGCCGGAAGGCGAGUUCCAGUCCUACCUGGCGCGCUUGAAGGAACCCAAGGAGGGAUGCGAUACCGGCGAACUGGGCGGUGACGGGGAUGACACUGAGACGUUCACCCUCGUCAGUGCUGCAGAAAAAUCCACUACGGCUGACAUCCGAGAGGCCUUGGCCGAGAUGGAUGUCAACGCCUCGAAGCCCGACAGGGAAGAGGUAGUGGACAACGACCACCCGUUCAUGAAGGGGUUGCUGUCCUACGAACAAAACGCCAGUGUCCCUCCGAACAUGGAGAACAAGAUGCUCACCCAGAAUGGUGACGUUACCUUUCGAUCCACCAACGACGCCCUGGUCGACCUGUUUGCCGAGCUGGAGGACGUUGUCUCCGGCCCUCGUCUGUUUGAGCUCCUCAAUGCCGCCUGGCAGAGCGACCCCCUCGCCACGCUGAAGAUCAUAUUCAACGCCCGUUCAAUCCAUCUCGGCAAGGCCUCCCGGCCCGCCUUUUAUCGGUCCGCCGGCUGGCUGGCCCAGUACCAUCCUCUGACUCUAGCCGCCAACCUCAGAUGGCUCAGCCGCCCAGUCAUCGAGACGAAGGCAGAGAGUAAGGGGGAUGAGGGCGGUAACGACGGGACGGUGCUCGUCGAACCCGAGAAGGACGAGCACGACAUCGCCCGCUUUGACGUCAAGCACGGCGUCGCCCACGGCUACUGGAAGGACCUCCUGAACCUCCUCGCCCUCUCGGCCAACGGGAAACUCGACGUCCUCGCCAACGCCACCGACAUCCUCAACGUCGAGCGCGUGCGCAAGGGCCGCCACCUAGACGAGAGGGCCGCGAAGGAGAGGCGGGGCCGGCUCCGGCACAACCGGCACGCCGCCGCCCUCGCCGCCUGGGAGGAGCGCCCCGUGCACCGCGCGCUCCACCUGACCGUGGCCCGCCUCUUCGCCGAGCAGCUGCGGGCGGACCUUGCGCUCCUGCGCGGCGACGACGCGCGGGCGAGGGGGCGCAUCUCCCUCUGCGCAAAGUGGGCGCCGUCGCUGGGCGGGUUCCACGACAAGCACACGUUCGUCGCGUCGUCCAUCGCCGAGAUCCUGCACCCGGAGGCGUCGCUCCCGGACCUCGAGCUGCCGAAGACGGGGGACGAGAGGGCCGAUCGAGAGCUGUACCUCCGGUAUGCCCGCGAGGCGUACCGCAAGGACGUGUCGGCGCUCAGGGCCUACCUGGAAGUCGUGGAGCGCGACAUCACGGCCGAAUCGUUCGCCAAGAUCAAAUACGAGCGCGUGCCCUCGGUCGCGAUGAAGAACUACCAAGCCCUCUUCGCGAAGAAGGACAUCGACCGCUUCGAGGCCUACCUCGAGAAAGUCGCCACAGGAGAAACCCACAUCAGCGGCGCGACCCUCAUGCCUAGCACGCUGGUCAGCAAGGCCGUGGCCCUGUCUACAUCUAGGUCUGGCGGAGCCAUGUCGGCCCGCCUGAAGGCCAUCGGGGAGAAGGCGGUGGACGGGCAGUGGCGGUCGCUGGUGGAGCGCGUCCGCGCCAGCGGCUCGCUCGAGUCGUGCCUCGCCGUGUGCGACGUGUCGGGCAGCAUGCAGCACCCGGUCUUCCGGGACGGCACGUGCCCGCAGGAGAGCGCCGUCGGCCUGUCGCUGCUCGUCGCCGAGGUGGCCGCGCCGCCUUUCGGGGGCGCCUUCGUCACCUUCAGCUCCAGGCCUACGGUCCAGCGCGUCAACCUUGCCCAAUCGUUUGUGGAAAAGGUCAAUGAUAUGCGCCGCGCCGACUGGGAUAUGAACACGGACUUUGUGGCCGUGUUCGAGGACCUGAUUUUGCCCAUGGCGGUCACGGAGGGCCUGACGCCGGAGCAGAUGGUUAAGCGGGUGCUGGUGUUUAGCGAUAUGCAAUUCGACAAGGCCGAGGUGGGAGUCGAGGGCAGGGGGUGGGCGUCGUCGUUUGAGCGCGUCAGCAAGGCUUACCGCAAGGCUGGGUACGAGAUGCCGCAGCUCGUGUUCUGGAACCUGGCCGGUGGGAGCGGCGGGGAGGUGGCGCCGAAGCCGGUCACGGCGGACCAGCAGGGGACGGCGCUCGUGAGCGGAUACUCGCAGGGGAUGCUGAAGGUGUUUAUGGAUAAGGGGCUGGAUGGGAUCGCGGAGGAGACCGCGGAGGAGGGGGAGGGUGGUGAUGAUGAAGAUGAUGAUGGCUUCGCUGUCGUGGGCUUUUCGAAUAAGAGGCAGAAGCUGGACCCUAUCACGUUGGUUAGGAAAGCGAUCGGGCAUAAGGCGUAUGAUAUGCUGAAGGUGGUGGACUGAGAGGCUCGCGCUAGGAGCUGAGCUGCUGUUUGUGUUUGAUACCCCGAGACUCAGAAACGCAGGUGCCUUUGCCUCAUUUAGUUAGGUAUUUGACUGAGGUUACAAAAGCGUUUGACUACAACCCAAUCGGUGCCCGGUGCGAGCGGUGUCGAGCUCCACGAGGAGUUCGCGCCCGAUGAUGCGAUAUCGUCGCUCAUAUGGCUGGCUCUUCCCCUGCAUUGUUUGUCUGUCAUUUUUAUUUAAUUUAUUUCUUCGUUUCCCUAUUUUGGUUGGACCAAAUCGUCUCCCGCGUCUGCCUUGCCGCCUUGUUAUUUGAGGUGUGGUCGACGGGCAUGAUGGCCG